AUGGCGGACCGCGUUCAAGCAGUCCGCGUUGCCUGCAUUGGCGAGAGCAGCCUCGACUGCAUCCACACCAAGCAGUACUCCACGUACAACAUCCAGACCGACCACGAGAUCUUCAGUACCGGAGAGUUCAGCCUCUUGACGUCGUUGACUGGUGUACCGUUCCUGCCUAUGAAGCUUCGCCCAUCACUCCUCACAACUUCCGUCAUGCAAAAUGACCGCGCUCGCGGCCUUCAGCGCAACAUCAAGUAUGGCCAUGCGGCUGAGGGCAAGUACUUCGAGAAUCCGGUUGCACGCACUCUGAUGGCCUGCAACGAGGAUGGUGGGGCUCGCUGGACACAGCGUGUUGGCAGUGUCUUGAUUGCGCGUGCUGAUCGCAAGCCGCUCAACGAGGGUCACGUUGCUAUCAUGCUGGGCUUCAUCGACAACGCCACUCAGUCCAUCCAAGAGAACCAGGACACGAGCGGUGCAGCUUUGUCGCCAGAUGCUUUCAAGGCAUACUACGACUAUGCUAUGCAGCACCUCCUGGCUUCUGACCAAGCUGAUGAGUGGGCUAAGGUGCCUUCCAUGUUCGCAGACCCAGCUCAGACCGAUGAUGGGGUCAAGAUGGAGGUCGACGGAGGUGUGACUGUUUGA